AUGAAGGACUCGAUCCCAGCCAACAAUCUGCUUCAUACAUUCCCCGAAGGCGAUGUCGCGCGAUCGCUGCAGAUUCCGGCGCCAUCGCUGGAGCUGGACUUCCGCAUGAGCAUCAAGUUGAACCCCAAGGUUACAGUCGGCCAGAGUAUCUGGGGUCAGCGGGAUUGGGUUUCGUUUGUGGGUGGACAGUGGGCUGGCCGGUGGGGCAAGGGAAUUGUUCUGCCCGGUGGCCAGGACACUCAGGUCGUGACUAAAGACGCGACUACCAACCUUCGCGCAAGCUACAUGCUUCAGACCGCAGAUGAGCCGCCUGCGUUCAUCAUCGUGCGGACAGAAGGCUGGCUGACCGGCGCCAAGGAUGUCUUGGAGAAGGUCAACGACCCUGGGAUGGCGGAUGGUGUCAAUCCCAGCACCUACAAAUACCGCAUCAACCUGUCGAUGGAGACUGGUGAUGAGCGAUACACAUUCCUAAACACCUUGAUGUGGAUAGGCAGCGGCUGCCGCCGAGGCCAGGAACGUGAGUUGAUAUCCCCAUCCUUUUGGUUAUGUUUAUGA